UUGAAAAUUAAUAACAAUUAUUGUGAAGACGACAUACGUUUUCUCCUUGUUAGAUACUGCAAGAUAAGUGCUACAUCCGGGAGUGUUUCUACCCCAGUUUUGUAUGCGUUUGAAGUUCUAAAGGCAUGGCCCUGUUUCUUGGAAGAAGGUUGCUGAGCCGCCAAACUAACGCCGCACAUUUGCUGUCAAGAAGAAUGGCCAGCUCUCAGGGUGGCGAUGAUUUGGAGCGUCUCAGCCAGUUCGAGUCGUUGGCGGUGAGGCGUCCGUCGGACUUCGUCGUGCAGGUGGAGCUGAAUCGGCCGGAGAAGCGCAACGCCAUGAACCGCGUGUUCUGGAAGGAAAUGGUCGAAUGCUUCAACUUGCUGGCAAUCGACGAGAACUGCCGUGUAGUGCUGCUGACGGGAGCGGGUAAGUCGUUCACCGGCGGGCUGGACCUGAUGGACUUCGGGCCGGAGAUGAUGCGCUGGACGGCGGAAGGCGAGGACGUGUCUCGCAAGGCCAUGGCCCUGCGCCGCUUCAUCGGCGAGAUGCAGGAGACGUUCUCGGUGAUCGAGCGCUGCCCAAAACCCGUGAUCGCCGCCGUUCACAGCGCGUGCAUCGGCGGUGGGGUGGACAUGAUCUCGGCGUGCGACGUGCGCUACUGCUCGGAGGACGCCGUGUUCCAGAUCAAGGAGGUCGACCUGGGACUGGCGGCGGAUGUCGGUACGCUGCAGCGGCUGCCUAAGAUCGUCGGAAACGACAGCCUGGUGCGGGAGCUGGCGCUGACAGCGGCCAAGCUGGACGCGCGCCGUGCCCUGGAGAUCGGCCUGGUCAGCCGCGUCUUUCCCGACCAGCCAUCGCUGGUCGCCGCCGGCCUGCAGGUUGCCAAGGAGAUAGCGGCGCGCAGUCCGGUCGCCAUCCAGGGCACGAAGGUGAACUUGAACUACGCGCGCGAUCACAGCACGGCGGAGUCGCUGGACUUCAUGGCCACGUGGAACGCCGCCAUGCUGCAGAGCGAGGACGUCGUCAAGGCGGUCACGGCGCAGAUGGCCAAAACGCCGGCCGAGUUCUCCAAGCUGUGAGCCGCCCGUCGUCACUGUCACCGCCAUCAUGGCUGUAUUGACCCGUUGAGCCAGGGCCGGGUGGCCUGGUGUACGUUGCAUGCACUGCUCGCAUCGUACUCGCAUGCUUACCGUACCAGUCUCUGGAGGUAGUUCGUGAGCAGUAGCCUGCACGGCCCUCCAUACACGGAUGCCAUUAUGUACAUGACAUGUAUGCAGUGCAUGUUGACCUGUGUGUGGUCCUUGGCGACCAGCCUUGCUGCAGCUAGACAAGCUCAACUGAUUGCGCGUUGACAUGCACUUUUCCGCCAGGUACGCCGAUCGAGUGAGCAAGGCAAUGGUGCUGAAGGACAGCUACUGCAAUGCAUUAGCAGAACUUUGACUCGUAAUAUUGCCACUGGGCUGGCUUCGUUGCGUGUACAUUGUGUGAGUGUGUUCUCCUAUCCCAAAUGCUCGUCUUUGAUCCAUUGAGGGCCUGGUGCCCUUUAACCUGAGCUAGACUCCUAUAUGGCGUAUUUCGGUUUUUCUAUUUCUAUUUGAACUCAUCACUCGUCAUCACAAUUUCGUAGACUAUGGCAGAGUAGAUAGCCAAUAUUGCUAGCAUCCUAUUUAGUAGUUCGCAUGACCGGCGGCUUUCCUAUUUUUAUUGUAGCAACUUUUAGGCCAUGAUUGUUUGGCCCAAUCCGAAUCCAAAGGAUCCACUUGA